AUGAUGGAAGGUGGACGUCGGAGUACCGGCGUCUCCGCGACAAACUUGCACAUUCUAGACCGUCCUCUAAGUCGUGGUAAGAGUGAGGUGAGUUUAAGUGCUUUUGCUUUUCUAUUCUCAGAAAUGGUGCAAUAUUUUCAAGGCCGUGUCCAAAACAUCUCGGAUCUUGAAAACCGACUGAACGGUGCUGGAUUUGGCGUAGGUGUUCGUGUUGUAGAGAUUUUGUGUCAUCGUGAAAAAUCUGGAAAGCGUGAAACUCGGUUGCUUGCAAUGCUACAAUUUAUAGUAUCCACAUGUUGGAAAGCGCUAUUUGGCAAAGCUGCUGAUGCAUUAGAGCGCAGCACGGAGAACGUGAAUGAGUAUAUGAUUCAUGAACUGGAGCCACUUACAAACAAAUUUGUGUCCGUACCACCUGAUCUUGGACAACUCGACUGCGCCGCGUAUAUUGCAGGUAUUGUGCGUGGCAUCCUAUGCAGCAGCGGCUUUUUGGCGGACGUGACAGCGCACACCGUUGAAGUUCCUGGGGGACAGCGAAACAAGACUGUCUUUUUGGUCAAAUUCAAUGAAAGCGUCAUUCGUCGUGAGCAGAUUUUUUGA